UUUUUGUCCGAAAGGAAAACAAUGAGCCAGGAAUCGGGAGUCGCUACUACCAGGAAAUGGGCGAUUGUGGCCGCCGGCGUGGGCUUGGUCUACGUUCUGGUGCGGCACAGACAGAAGCUACUAGGGCCCCUGCGCCGCGUGUGGUCCUCCAACCGCCUGCUGCCCCAGCGUCGCAUAGAAGUGAUCAACUCCGUGCAGGAUCCUGCCACGCAAUGGGUUUUGAAUGAACUGAAGAACCACUGCCAGACUUUUAAAGUUUUGGGAUUCGACUGUGAAUGGAUCACCGUGGGCGGCAGCCGGCGACCGGUGGCCCUCCUCCAGUUGAGCUCCCACCGAGGAUUGUGUGCCCUGUUCCGGCUCUGUCACAUGAAGCAGAUACCCAAGGACCUGCGGGAGCUACUCGAGGACGAUGCCGUGAUCAAAGUGGGCGUGGCACCGCAGGAAGAUGCCAUGAAGCUCUCCCACGACUACGGCGUGGGCGUGGCUAGCACUCUGGAUCUGCGCUUCCUGUGCCUCAUGGCGAACCACAAGCCCGAGGGACUGGGCAAACUCUCGCAGACACAUCUCAACUACAAACUGGAUAAGCACUGGCGCUUGGCGUGCUCCAAUUGGGAGGCCAAGCAGCUGGAGCCAAAGCAACUGGAUUAUGCUGCCAACGACGCCCUGGUGGCCGUCGCCAUUUACCAGAAGCUGUGCCGGGAUCUGCAGCCCAGAUACUUCUGGCAACGGUGUCCAGAGGACGACCAAAACCUGCGCACCAAAUUCGAACCCUUCCUGGACGUCGACUUUACCAAGGGCUUCUCACUCAGCGGAGUUACCCGCUCAAAGGGUUCGGCACAAGGCAAGGGAAAGAAUGGGCUGAACAGGAAGCAACCAUACCGGCAAAUGGCCACCAGGUCCAAGGACUUUUACGACAACUGUCUGCUGCAGGCGCCCGAUGGCGAACUCCUGUGCACCAUUGACAGGCGAAAAGCAUCCUGGUACCUCAACCAAAAUCUGGGCACUCAGAUCAGCGUGGAGCCCUUCACAGUGCGCCUUAAUUUUGAGCCAGCGGGACGAGCUGUGGGCGAUGUGGGUCGCUACUACCAAACGCCCAAGGAAAACCAGUGCGUGGUGUGCGGCGACCGGGAUGCCUACAUACGGAAGAAUGUGGUGCCCAGGGAGUACAGAAAGCAUUUUCCCAUGGUCAUGAAGUCGCACACCUCCCACGACGUGCUCCUCCUUUGUCCCACCUGCCACCAGCUGAGCAAUAUCUCCGACCUGAGGGUGCGCAACAAACUCGCCGCCCAGUGCGAAGCACCUUUCAAGCACGAAGACGGAUCCGUCAAGUACCGGGAUGAUCCGGAGCUUAAACGCGUUCAAUCCGCCGGCAAGGCCCUACUCCACCAUGGCGCUAAGAUUCCCGCUGCCAAGGUGGCAGAAAUGCAGCGAACCCUCCUCGAAUACUACACCGAUCAAACGGAAGUCACGGAAGAUCUGCUGCGUCAAGCGGCCAGCGUGGAGUACCGAGUGGAGAACGCCGACUACUGCCAGCACGGCGAGCGGGUGGUUCAGCAGUAUCGCGACAAUUUCGGCGGCCUCGUGGAGCUGGAGAGGCUGUGGCGAGAGCACUUCCUGCACACAAUGCAACCCCGCUUCCUGCCCGAACUCUGGAACGUCAACCACAACGCCGACCGACUGGAGGUGCGGGCCAGCGAGGGUCGCGUGGAUGAAGCCGAUCUUCUGGUGGCCGGGUUGGAUGCCAAGGUUAAAGUCAUGUGAUCCAGGGGGUUUCUGAGUUUGCCACCGGCUUUGUACGUUUUUUAUUUCAAUUUCAAUAAAUAUAAACUAAAUUGGA